ACUUUUUCGGAAUACUAGAUCAUCUCGUUGCAAGCCCUGCAUCCAAUAUGGCAGGAAGACAAAUUUAACCUCCUUGGUUUUAGAGUUUGCACUCGGAUAAUUUUCUUCAUAAUAUUCAUGUUAAUUCAUUUGAGAUCAUGAGGUGUAACGAAUAUACCAAAAUUAUUGGAAGAAACGUAAUUUUAGUACCUUAUAAAGAGAAACACGUUAAAAGAUAUCACGAAUGGAUGAAAUCAGCAGAACUGCAAUAUUUCACUGGCUCAGAGACUCUAACAUUAGAAAAAGAGUUUGAAAUGCAAAAACAAUGGCAUCAGGAUCAAGACAAAUGUACUUUUAUCAUUUUGGAAAAAUCUGUUUUUACUAAAACUGGAGAUGAGAUAGAAGCUAUGAUCGGAGAUACAAAUUUAUUUUUUAACGAAUCAGAUCAGCCAAGUAGCGCAGAAAUUGAAAUUAUGAUAGCAGAAGUUGCUUAUAGAGGAAAGAAGAGAGGUUGGGAGUCUACAAUUAUAAUGCUACUUUAUGGAACUGAUAUACUAAACGUAACUAAAUAUACAGCGAAGAUUAAAUUCGACAAUGAAAAGAGCAUAAAGAUGUUUGAAAAACUAGGAUUUCAUGAGAAACGACCGCUACUGUUUAAUUCAGUAAUAUAUGGUACUUUUUACACUGGUGCUGAAUUUGCACAACAAACAUAUAGCAGAUUAUUCAAGGUAAUUACUUUUUUUGAUACACGAUCAAUAUGUAUACAGAAACAAUUUAUAAAAAAAUUGAACGAAAAAUUGGGUUUAUUGGAUGAGGAUAGUUCAAGACAAUUCGAAGGUUACAAUUGGGCUCAACUUAAGCGAUAUGCUAUCUACGGCUGUUUCAUUGCAGGACCGUUGUUACAUGGAUGGUAUAAAUGGUUGGAUGAAUUUUACAAAGGUAAAACUAUGAAGACUGUUCUCGCAAAGCUUUUGGUCGACCAAUUUGUUCUUACACCACCACUGAUUACAGUGUUCUUCAUCAGUAUGAGUCUGAUGGAGAGUAAACCAAAUGUGUUUGAUGAAUGUAAAGCAAAAUUUUUUCAAACGUUCAAGACUUCAUGUAUGUACUGGUUGCCAGUCCAAUUUUUGAAUUUUCUACUGGUACCACCAGCAUUGCGAGUUUCUUUCGUUAGUAUAGCGGCCUUUUGUUGGGUGAAUAUUCUCUGCUAUUUAAAAAGUACACCUAUAUCUGAAUGUAGUGAUAACAAUCAGAUAAAGUACUGAUUUCUUUCGUUGAUAUGUUUGCUUCGGCAUACGAAAGUUGUUCAGUAAUGCAGUGUAACAGAGGACAUAUCGUACCUAAAUAAACAAUUAUCAGCAAGAAAAUCGAACGAUACGAAACGAAACGAAAAUAUGUUUAACAAAGGAACAAU